GGUUUUUAGCUUUAGUUUAUCGAAUAUCGAAUCUCAGGUAAUAGUUUCUAACAAAAGAUAUGUUUUGCUAUAUAUGUUUCACUGUUUCAGUAGAAAUUUGAAUAUUAUGGGUUAUUAAGAUUCUGUCUUAUUACAUAAUUUCCAGUGUUUCCACCUAUUAUUUUCACACAGUUUCUAUUAUUAUGGCACGCUAGCAAUUUUGGAAAAAAGUAUACCUAUGAUGAACAUUAUCAAUUUGAGAAUCGGAAAUAAGCAUGGCUGGCGACUACUGAAUUAUACUUUUCAAUGGAUCCGCUUCAAUUCCAUCAACAAAAACGCCCAGAAGUUUGAAAUUGACAAGAUCAGGAAUCUCGGAAUCCUGGCCCAUAUUGAUGCAGGCAAAACAACAACCACAGAAAGAAUGUUGUAUUACUCUGGUUUGAUUCAGCAUAUGGGAGAAGUACACCAUGGCAAUACAGUCACAGAUUAUUUAGCACAAGAACGUGAGAGGGGUAUCACUAUCACAUCAGCAGCAAUCACAUUUCCCUGGAAAAAGUUUCAGUUCAACCUCAUAGACACUCCUGGACACAUAGACUUCACAAUGGAAGUAGAGCAAACUCUGAAUGUCUUAGAUGGGGCCAUAGUUGUCUUGGAUGGGUCUGCAGGUGUUGAGGCACAAACUCUAACAGUUUGGAGACAAUCCCAUAGAUAUGAAAUACCUAGGAUAGUUUAUGUUAAUAAAAUGGAUAGAGGGGAUGCUGAUAUAGAUAUGUGUUGUAGAUCUGUGGAAAGUAAGUUGGAAACACCCUAUGUAUUAUUACAAUUGCCUGUGAUAGAAAACAAACAGCUAAUAGGAAUAAUUGAUGUAUUAACAUUAGAACUUUUGAAAUAUGGUACAGUUAAAGAAAAGCUAGUGACUAAAAUCCCUCUCAAUGAACAGAAUCAUCCAAAGUACUGGAAUGAUGCAAAAUUGAUAAGGUCCCAAAUUAUAGAUAAACUAACAGACUAUGAUGAUGAAUUAGCUAAUACAGUAAUAGAAUCUGAAUCCCUUGAAGAAAUUACCACAAAAGAUAUAGUUAGGUCAAUAAGGACAGUAACACUACAAAAAUCUGUUACACCAAUACUCCUUGGUAGUUCAUAUAAAAACAUUGGUGUCCAGUCAUUGAUGGAUGCAAUUGUCUUGUACCUUCCUUCUCCCAUUGACAGAAACCAAGUUUAUUCACAUUUUGAAGAUAAUAUUUGUGCUAGAGCAUUCAAAGUAAUACAUGAUAGACAGAAAGGACCAUUGGUAUUUAUGAGAAUAUACAAUGGUACAUUGAAGAAAAACCAAAGAAUAUACUGUAUAAGGAAGGAUAUCUCUGAGCAAGUAGGUAAAUUAUAUGUAGCUUAUGCAGAUGAUUUUGAAGAAACUGAUGAGGUUAGUAAUGGAAACAUUGCUGUAGUGAGUGGCUUGAAAAAAGUAAUGUCAGGAGAUGUGUUAACAAAUUCUGGUUCAACCUAUCAAAAGGCAAAAAACAACUUCCUAAAGAAUAUUAGGAAGGAUGAAGUAGAUGAAAAAGAUGUAGAUAAACAUCUUGGUAUUGAUGUUGCCAUUCCAGAACCAGUAUUUUUCUGUUCUAUAGAACCCUCAAGUUUAUCUGUUCAAAAUGCUUUAGAACAAGCCUUAAGUGAAUUACAGCAGGAAGAUCCCAGUUUAAGAGUAACAAAUGACUUAGAAACUGGACAAACUGUAUUGGCAGGAAUGGGUGAGCUACAUUUAGAAAUAAUAAGGGAUAGAAUUCUGAGGGAGUAUAAAGUAGAAGUUGACUUAGGGCCAUUACAGAUAGCAUAUCGAGAGGCACCUAUUAAAGGCCUGACUGACACUUUAACAGUGGACACUAAAAUCAGCAAUAGUAGGGAACAUGUAACAGUGAAAAUCACCAUUGUUCCAACAACUGACCAAAUUACUGAUAUUCUGAAACUAGACAAAAGCCCUGAUAAUGCAAGUCACAUUGCAAGCAUAUAUCCCAAACACUUGGUUUCUGUUCGCCAAGGUCUUGAAGUGGGUUUAUCACACGGACCCAAAAUCAGCUGUCAAGUUGUGAAUGUUCAAGCGAUUUUACACUAUCUGGAAGUCGGUAGGGGGACGUCAAAUACAAUGAUAGCCGCAACAGUGACACGUUUAGUGCAGAAUAUGCUGCGCGAAGUCGGUACCGAUAUUUUGGAGCCAAUAAUGAACUUGGAAAUCCUCACCCCUGAAGACUACCUUUCUUCAGUUUUGGCAGAUCUGUCAAGAAGAAGAGCCACUAUAAACAAUAUUGGAUUGAGAGGAAAUGCUAAAGUUGUUGAAACAAAAACACCAUUGGCAGAGUUGUUGGGAUACUCAACUAUUUUGAGAACAAUAACAUCCGGUACAGGGAGUUUUUCUAUGGAAUGUACUAAUUAUGAACGUUUAUCAUCAGAUCAAGAACUUGAUGCAAUCAAACAUGUUAGAGGAUUUUAAUGUGUUGAUAUAGGAGAGUGAUUAUAGUUUCAAAUCCGAUGUGAAUGAUUCAAAACUUAUAUUCGAAUAAAAAUACCACACAUUAUUAGAGAAAUUGAAGAGAAGACCGACCAUGCAUUAACUUGGGACAUCACAUGGUCGCUUAUGCAUUGAAUAAUGAAUAUGCUUGAUAAAAUAGGUUCAU